CCUUCCAGAGCUGACACCUGCUCAACACCAUCCCUCUUCUCACUCUCCCCGAAUGAUCCUCAAUUUUUAUCAUCAUUAUACCAGGUCAUUUAUCAUCAUAAUCUCUAGCUCAUAGUCUCGUCAUACCCAAACCGAGCCACGAUGACGCUCACGGCCAACAAAUUCACCCCCGAGGUGAUGCUCUCGGCCCCGAGACGGUCGGCAGGAGUGCCCAAUCCGUCGGGGAAGCUGGUCUUGUACACGGUAUCUACAUACUGCUUCAAGGAGCACAAGAACACGUCCCAGAUCAAGGUCCUCGAGAUUGACUCCGGUAACUCGACCACCGUCUUCGAGGGCCCUGGCGCGAGCGAGCCUGUCUGGCUUGGGGAUAAUGACGUCCUCUAUCUCAAGAGCGGAGACAAUGGCAGCACCGUACUGAUCGCUUGGGCUGAUGGAAUCGAGCCAUAUGAGGUUGGAUCUGUCAAGGGUCCGAUCUCCAAUGUGAAGGUCAAGCGGCUCCUAGACGGCACCGUGGCCUUUGCCUGUUCGGCUGUGACGACCCCCCAUGGGAAGUUGUGCAAUCCCGAGACGGAGAAGAAGCCGCAGUCUAGUGCCAAGGUCUAUACUAGCCUUUUCGUCCGCCAUUGGGAUGCCUGGAACACCAACAACGCUAGUUCCAUCUUCUACGGUGUCAUCGACAAGAAAGACGACAAGUAUUCGCUCCGAGACAACACCCUCCACAAUGCCCUGGCCGGGACUAAGCUCUCCUCGCCCGUGCCGCCCUUCGGAGGCACUAGUGACUUUGAUAUCGGCCCGUCAGGGUUGGUGUUCGUGGCUAAAGACCCAGAGCUCAACGCGGCCAUCUACACCAAGACGGAUCUCUACUUCAUCCCCCUGAAGACCUUCACCGAGUCCAGCCCGCCCUCUCCACAAAUCGUCAAGACGCCCGGUCUCGAAGGCUACUCUAACAGCCCCGUUUUUUCCCACUGCGGUCACAAGGUCGCCUUCACUCGCAUGCGCAGCAACCAGUACGAGUCCGACAAGCCGCGCCUCCUUCUCGUCCCCGACAUCGCCCACCCCGACAAGACCGAGGAAUUCUACGCCACCCAAGACGGAAACGGUGGCUGGGACACCCGCCCAGAGUCCAUCCUCUGGAGCCACGACGACGCGAAACUCUACGUCACCGCCGAGGACCGCGGCCGCACCCUGAUCGUCGAGCUCCCCUCCAGCCCCUCCAAAACCGGCACCGCCCUCCCCACCGCCAUCAAAAUCCCUAACGGCAGCGUACGCGCCUUUUACCUCCUCGCUGACCCUACCAACGACGAAGAAAAAACACAAACCCCCAAAGGCCACCAACUCUUCAUCACCACCACCUCCCUAAUCGACAACGCCUGCUACUCCAUCACCAACCCCACCACCUCCACAUCCACCACCAUCUUCUCCGCCUCCAAGCACGGCAAAGCCUUCAACCUCUCCCCCCACUCCAUCUCCACCAUCACCUUCCCGGGCGCCGGCGGCGCCUACGACAUCGACGCCCUCGUCGUGCGCCCCUCCAGCUACUCCCCCUCCGACCCCCCGCACAAGUACCCGCUCUGCAUGCUCAUCCACGGCGGGCCCCAGGGCGCCUGGCAGGACUCAUGGUCCACGCGCUGGAACCCGGCCGUCUUCGCCGAGCAGGGGUACGUGGUCGUGUGCCCCAACCCGACCGGCAGCACGGGGUAUGGGAUGGCGCUGCAGGACGGGAUCAAGGGGGAGUGGGGCGGGAGGCCGUAUAAUGAUCUGGUGAGGUGCUUUGAGUGGGUGGUGGAGAAUUUGGCGGAGGUGGAUGGGGCUAGGGCGGUUGCGUUGGGGGCGAGUUAUGGCGGGUAUAUGAUCAAUUGGAUCCAGGGCCACCCGCUGGGGCGCAAGUUCAAGGCGCUGGUGUGCCACGACGGCGUGUUCAGCACGCUGAACCAGUGGUGCACCGAGGAGCUGUUCUUUCCCAUCCAUGACUUCGAGGGUACCCUGUACGACAACAGGGCGUCUUACGAGAAAUGGGAUCCUGCGCGCUUUGUGGCCGACUGGGCCACGCCGCAGCUGACCAUCCACAGCGAGCUGGACUACCGCCUGCCCAUCACCGAGGGCCUGGCCGCGUUCAACGUGCUGCAGGCCAAGAAGGUGCCGAGCAAGCUGCUCAUGUUCCCCGACGAGAACCACUGGGUGCUAAAGCACGAGAACUCGCUCGUCUGGCAUCGUGAGGUGAUCGGCUGGAUUAACAAGUAUUCGGGCAUCGACGAGGAGCAGAGCCUGGCGGAGGAGACGGAAAGGUUGAAGGUAUGAGUGGGCUGACCUCAGAGCGGGAGCGCCCGGGUUAGUGGUCUAGUUUAGGUUUUUGUCUAGUUAGGGUCCUUGUUUUCGCCGAUAUGGAUGGACAUGUUCUGCAGGUGUAAUUAAGGAUGAUGUGGAUGGUAAGGAUGGGCUAGUAAUUGUCAAUUGUGAUGGCUUGAUCCAUGUUUUUGAAACCUGUGAAUACGAAAAGGGGUUGGUUGCA